CAGGACUCACGCCUUUUCUUCCUCCCUAGCCUGUGGACCUCUGGGGGCUGAGCAGCGGCUGCUGGCGUGGGAGGCCAGCAGUGCCGGCUGAGGAGCACCAUGGCCAGUGUCCUGCAGGUCCCCCUGGCUGCACUCCUCCUGCUGCCUGUGGCCACCGCCAUGCACUCCGACUGCAUCUUCAAGAAGGAGCAGGCCCUGUGCCUGGAGAAGAUCCAGAGGGCCAAUGACCUGCUGGGCUUCAACGAUUCCUCCCCAGGCUGCCCUGGCAUGUGGGACAAUAUAACCUGCUGGAAGCCAGCCCAUGUAGGGGAGAUGGUCCUCGUUAGCUGCCCCGAAGUCUUCCGGAUCUUCAACCCCGACCAAGUCUGGGAGACGGAAACCAUCGGAGAGUUUGAUUUUGCUGGCAGUAACUCCUUGGGUCUCUCAGACAUGGGUGUGGUGAGCCGGAACUGCACGGAGUAUGGCUGGUCGGAGCCCUUCCCUCAUUAUUUCGAUGCUUGUGGCUUUGACGACUAUGACACUGAGACUGGGGACCAGGAUUAUUACUACCUGUCGGUGAAGGCCCUCUACACUGUUGGCUACAGCACCUCCCUCGUCACGCUCACCACUGCCAUGGUCAUCCUGUGUCGCUUCCGGAAGCUGCACUGCACCCGAAACUUCAUCCACAUGAACCUGUUUGUGUCCUUCAUGCUGAGGGCGAUUUCUGUCUUCAUCAAAGACUGGAUCCUCUAUGCCGAGCAGGACAGCAACCACUGCUUCAUCUCCACCGUGGCAUGCAAGGCUGUCAUGGUUUUCUUCCACUACUGUGUGGUGUCCAACUACUUCUGGCUGUUCAUCGAGGGCCUGUACCUCUUCACGCUGCUGGUGGAGACCUUCUUCCCCGAGAGGAGAUACUUCUACUGGUACACCAUCAUUGGCUGGGGUAGGUCCCUGGCCGGGCCUGGACGCACUAGGGCCUCCCAGUCGCGUGUGACCUUGGUACUGCCCCAGGCAGACGCUGACUGCUCAUUCUUGGACCCUGCCUUUCUCUUCCUGCCUGUGGGAAACUCCCUGUUUGAGGGACUGGGGAAGGUACCUGUGGGGAAGAGGAGCCUGUAUAGGGGGCAGGAGUGCACAAAGUCUUUGCCCAGAGUCAUGUCUGUCUGCCUUUUCUUUGGCCCUCAGGUUAACUUUGUGCUCUUCAUCGGCAUCAUCGUAAUCCUUGUGCAGAAGCUGCAAUCUCCAGACAUGGGAGGCAACGAGUCCAGCAUCUACUUCAGCUGCGUGCAGAAAUGCUACUGCAAGCCACAGCGGGCUCAGCAGCACUCUUGCAAGAUGUCAGAACUGUCCACCAUUACUCUACGGCUGGCCCGGUCCACCCUGCUGCUCAUCCCGCUGUUUGGAAUCCACUACACUGUAUUCGCCUUCUCCCCAGAGAACGUCAGCAAGAGGGAAAGACUCGUGUUUGAGCUGGGGCUGGGCUCCUUCCAGGGCUUUGUGGUGGCCGUUCUCUACUGUUUUCUGAAUGGGGAGGUGCAGGCAGAGAUCAAGAGGAAAUGGCGGAGCUGGAAGGUGAACCGUUACUUCACCAUGGACUUCAAGCACAGGCACCCAUCCCUGGCCAGCAGUGGGGUGAACGGGGGCACCCAGCUCUCCAUCCUGAGCAAGAGCAGCUCCCAGCUCCGCAUGUCCAGCCUUCCGGCCGACAACCUGGCCACCUGAGUCCCCCUCCCCUCUUCCUUUCCUCCUACACAGGCUGGGGCUGUGGGCAGGGGCUGUGCACGUUCGCGCCUCUUCCCUCCCUUUGGGCAGGCCCUGGGCUGGCAGCUUGGCUCCUCCCCAAGUGGGGAGAAGGUGGCGGGGCGCAGAUUGUUAUUGCCCCUCCUGUUUGGGUACUGGUACUGCUCACCAUGGUCCCUUGGUCCCUGAUUGGACAUGUAAAUACUCCUUGAAUUUGGAAAGUUGUCCCAUCUCUUCCCUUCCACCCAUGUCCCCGCUCACUUCAGCCAGCCCAGUUCCAUUGCACUGCGUCUUGGCCAGCCUCAGUGAUGGCCUAAGCCCAGGCACGAGGCCUCGUGAGCUGAGGCUGAAGAGACCCUGCUCUGGAGUGUCUGGUCUGAUGUCCGCCUCAACAACCCCCUCAGUUUUGACUUCAUAUAUGGGACCUUUUCUUGUCUGAGCCUAGUCCCUGAGGCUAGCCAGAGGUCCAGCUGGGGUGGCCGGAUCCUUCAAUGCAGGCCAGCCCCAAGGCUCCCUCAUGCUCACCUGGCAUCUUGGUGUCCAGGUCCCCAACCUCUGGGUAUCAGGGUUGUGGGAAAACUCCACACUCUUUCAAUCAGAGACUUCAGUUGGGGGUGGGGUUUGAGGGUCAGGAAAAGUUCUGGUGCUUUUCAUUUGAUCCAAGAAGAGCUGAGAGCCAGAAAUGUGAGUAUGAUUGAAAAGGAGAUAGAAUGGUUUGGAAGACCCAUUCAAGAAGACUUCCUCCAUCUCCAUUGUUGAACCCCGACAUGAGACAGGCAGGGUUCAUCUGGUAGCUCCCCUUCUGCCCUUCCUGUCCCCAGUAGAUGCCCCAGAGUCCCUAAGCCCCCCUCCCUCCUUCCCCUUAAGUCAAAGCCAUGACUAGGUUGAACCAGCCGACUUCCUGUGAUGUCAGCCAAUCCUGGAGCACCUCACACCUCCAAUGUGCCCAAGUCCUGGGCCCAGGGCUCCCCCAGGCCCUGCCUCCAUGGGUGACAAAGAGCCCCAGUCACCAGGUCCUCCGACCUGGACUCAACUACUGAACUCUAUCUGAGACCUCUGUACUACAUCCCCCUGUGUGCCCUUGACAUUGAAUCACUGUGGGCUGCUAGGGAGCUUGAGGGGACACCAUGCCUACACACCCAUUAGCAGAAGCUAUUGGUGGGAGGAGCUGAUGCCCCCCUGCCUCCCCCCCCCCAACCCAGUGCUCAUUCUGGCUUCCCAGCUGCAAAUGGCACAGCCACCACCUACGAAUUUCAAAUAGGGCAGAACCAGGUUCAGGGAAGGUUGAGAAAAGUGCUAGAGUGCCAUGGCCCCGGGGCCCAGUUCAUUCCACCUCAGCUCUUGGUCUUGUUCCUGUCUCUGCGUUUGUGGACUUGCUUCCUGCCCAUGUUCUGAAAUGCUUGGGGGUUGGGGUGGGUGUGGGUGUUGCUUUGUCUUGGUUUCACAAAGAGGAAGGAACCCUGGGGGGCUUGGCAGUGCUUCUGGAGACCCUUUCAGAGGGACUGGAGAAGGCUAUAGUUGCUCUAAUUUGGAGAUGAGUCUUGCGUCCUCCACAGGGAAGUCAGUCCCUGGGUCUUUGUCAACCACCCGGAAAGGAACUCUGCCCUUUCCUCAGCAUGUUAAAUGACUUGGACUUGCCGUGGGGUGUGCAGUGGUCCCUUCUACCCUGAGCCAGACCUCCGGAUCCCCUCACCCUGCUUGGGGAGGCAGGUGCAUUGCCCAAGAAGUGUCUACUGAUCACCUUGCACUUGGGUCACUGCUGGAGUCCCUGAGUUGCCUGGAAGAAGCCCCGGCCUGGGAUUCAGAGACCAGGAUUCUGCCCCAGCUGGGUUCUCACGGCUGUGACUAUGGACGCAAUCCUCCCUAUUCUGGGCCUCAGUUUCUCCAUUCAUGAAAUGAGGUGGCAUCUAAUGUUUCUCUGGGCCCUGUACUGUUCAGUUUUCCAGUUCAAAACGAAGGCAGGUAAAAGGGCAUGCAUGCAUGAUGUGUGUAUCAUCUGAGGUUUUAAGGAGGGGGGGGUCUGUAGGUGAGGGAAGAAUGCUGUUUAUUUUCUCUUCGAAACCCAGCUCCUUUCCCUUCCUUUUGGACACCAUGAUGGAAGCCAGUAGAACGGAAGGGAGGCUCAGGUCACGGACAUUUGAACAGGUGCCUUGGGUGUGAUGUGCAGACCAGCGCUCCACUUGGCUUGGGCAGGGUGCUGUGACUAGGUGGCAAACAGAUCCAAGGAGCAGUUAUAUGGACCUCAUUCAUUUGUCACCACCCUCACCAGCAGCGCUAUGUCACUGUGGAAGAAGAAACUGACUUUAUAGCUACAUCAUUGCGAAACAGCGAAAACAAGUCACCCCGCGUCCCGUGUUCUGCACUACUGCUGAGCCCUGGGCCUCUGUCCUCCUAGAGGUUCUAGGUCCUCUCGGUUUGUUUUCUGUUUGAAUAGAUUUUUGCCAGUCUUGUGAGAAGAUGUACCUGCUGUGUUCUGAAUGUUCCAGAAGUUUCUGUUUUAGGGUCAUGGGGAGUGGGAGGGUGGCAUGAGGCCUGGGACCAGAUCUUCUGUUUUCAAAUCUAUAGCAUGGGCAAUAAGACUAGAUGAUUCUUACGUAGCCUGACACAUCCUGGAAUUCUCUCUAAAUACCAGCCAUCUCCUUGGAAGGGGCCCCAAGUAAGGAUUGUGUCAUUGCCUGGACUCCCAAAAGAUAAGGAAUCCUGCUGUGUGAAGAGGGGUGGGGACACUUGGGAAAUGUUCACCUGGAGAAGAACAGACUUGUUGUGCUCCAUGCCUGCGGGGGUUCAUUCCUGGGAAGGGUUUUUUUUUGUUCUAUGCAAUUCUAAACCUCACCCAUGGGUGGCCAGAUUCUUCUCGGGAUAGGGAAAUCUCACCCCUGACAUGACUGUCCAGGUGUGGGACAGGCAGGCAGUGUCAGGAGAGGCACAAAUUAGGGAAGCUGAGGCUGCCGUGGAGCCAGUGAAGAGCCAGAGAGUGGAAUUUAGGGGUUCCGCAGCCUUGUCACAGUCCCCAGCACUGUGAGCCUCAGGACCUCCAUCAUACUUGGGGCCAAAAUACAUUCUCUGUUUCAGUAGGCAGCCCUGUGACCAUCUGUGGCAUGUCUGUCUUUCUCUAACCCCAUCUUCUGUGAGCUGGGUCCUUGGGAAAUAAGACUGGGGAGCCACAGCCUGGCCUGAGGCUGGAAAUAGACCUGCAUCUGUUAUAUGCCAAGGCCUCUGCUCCUUGAUCAGUCCCUCUCUUUUCCUGGAAGAGACUCUCUCUUUAAUUCUUUGAGUACCCUUAUCCCUUUCAGGGCCACUCCAGAGUGAAAGUAGUGAGCAUUGUGUCAUAUGAAUCACUUGAGUCCAGGCAGCAUGGAAACCAGCUGGAAGAGCCCCAAGCAGGGAGCAGGGACCUGGGCUUCUCCCUGCUUUGCCACUGACCUGCUGUUUAACCUUGUCUCAUUCCCUUGUGGCUUUGGGGAGACACAAAAGACUAGAGCCAGGAGAAACUUGGAGAUUGACAGAUCGGCUGUCACCUUCAGACCGAUGAGGAAACAGGUGGGCCAGGCAUAAAUCUGAAUGAGGAAAUGGCCCCACCAGUACGUACACAUCCCUGCGCAUGAGCCAGAACAUGGUGCCCAAAGCAUCUACAUCUAAUAAACACUUGGCUUUGUGUAGCAGAGGGGCUCUGGCUACUGAAAGCUGUUUAGGACUCCAGAAUGCAGGAGAAGCAGUGGAGUCGACCUGCUGGGCUUCGCCUCCUGCUCUGUGAGACCAUCUCCAGGCCUCUGCCCUCAUCUGAGAAAUGGACGGUUGUGAUUGGAUCAUCUGCACAGGCCAGGGAUGAGGUUGAAGUGAGAGACCCUCUGCAUGUGAAUGAAUUUUGGAAAUGACACAAAUUUGGUCUCAUUACUGGGGUGAAGUCCCCUGAAAGGGGCUCUUUGCUGUCUGUUUACUGCAUUGAGUGCUCCUGGGUUGACUUUUACCCCAUUUGUAAAACCACCAGCACUGGGGAUGAGGAGGAAGCCAGAGGGCUCUGGCAGACACAGAGUCUUAGCUUUAUCUUCAACUAAUUCUGUUUGCACUUGGGAUUAGGAUGGGGAGAGGACCACGUGGGUGUUUUGAGCUUUUCGAUGCUACCCCUCCUGGGAAUCCCCUUCAAGGAUGUGGGAAAGUUCUCCAAUGGGCCAUAUGCCCAUCCCUUCUCCUUCCCCUGAACUCCAGGUCUGGGAAUGUGUCUGCAAUCAGCCACGUGUGUCUUGUCUGAUGUCUGUGUUCUGUCGCUUUGCACCUGCCAGGGUUGGAGUGGUGCAGUCCCUGGCAUCCCAGAUGCAAUCCAGGCUCCCUUGUGGGAACUGGAUCAGCCUGGGUUUCAUCUCCCAUGAUAUAGAUGAGCCCCAUGGACCUUAUUGCUACUGCUGCUGCCAUUAAUGCUGUGCUCACAACCUUGUCCGGGAAUUUAAGGAUGUCAAACUGCUGUAGAUGACUCAAUAAAUGUCUUUAUCAUUUUU